AUGGUCAACACAACGUCCACUGAGUCUUCGAGCUGGGAUUUCACCCAGGUGCACGACCUAUUACGGUCGCCAACCUAUGGGAGUACCUUGAGACCCAGUCGCCACCCCGAACCGAUCGCCCCCUCGAUCCAGGACCAACAGACCAAUACUGCUGACUAUGAUUCUGUCAUCAACCCCAAGACUCUGACCACCCGGGGUAGCCACACCAAACUAGGGGACUUUAAUUCACUCUGGGAGCUUUUGAAUCAUGGCCCCGCUCCUGUUAGCCUGACGCCACCUUUGGUCACUACAAAGACCAAACCAUCAAAUACCGAAUCACCAUCCAAAACCACAUCAGUUUUUGGAACACUCGAUCAAACAGUUGGCAGUAUCUUAGUGCGUGACAACCCUGUCACUGCAUCCCUUCCAAUCGUUUCGACCGACCAUGAUACCCAAGACAUGAAGCGUUCGACUGUUGCCAGCCAUGCUUCCCAUUCUCCCACUCCAACACAACCAGUGUCGAUCUUGAAGAAAGCAGCGGAUGAAAAAUGCCCUGGAAAACCCGUCACUGUGAAAUUCGAUAAACCACGUACUCCAACCAAAUAUGUCUCCACAAACGGAAGCUCUAGCGAUACGCCCAAGGCCAAAGUCAAGCCGAAGAAGCAAGACAAACCCAAGCAAGUCCAUACUCGCACUGAACCCAUCUCUUCAGAAGGUAGUGCCGGUGUUGACUCAGACUCGAGCGCUGUUUUUGAUCGUCCUUUGUCCAAGAGGACUGGAGCUUUGUCACUUGUUCCGGCUCAAAUUGGUACGCCUGAAGCGACGAAUAACCGCUACGACACCCCACCAUCUUCAUAUGACGACCAAGAGUGGAGUCUGAACGCCGACAUUAUCAGAAACGGUAUUCGUGUUCGGUCCACCUUGUACAAGUCACCGACGGAACGCAGAGUCACAUUGAUGACCAGACUUUUGAAGGAGUUUCCCGGCUAUGCCCAACUUGUCUCCCAAGUAGGACAAGUUGUGCAAACUCACACCAAGAAAAGUCCUGCUUCGCCCCCUAUUCAUAUCUUCGUUGAUAUGUCCAAUAUUAUGGUGGGAUUCCAUGAUUCAGUCAAAGCCUCGCGAAAUAUUUCUCAAUCAACUCGCAUCCGUCGUGUCCACAUGUCGUUUAGUAACCUGUCUCUCAUCAUGGAGCGAGGCCGUCAAGCCGCCAAGAGAGUCUUGGUGGGCUCCGAUCGCCUCCCUUCUAUCCAAGAAGCUGAAACGCUGGGUUAUGAGACCAACAUUUUAGACCGUGUACAAAAGGUGAAGCACACCACACCCCGUCGCAACAAAUUCCGAAAGUGUCCAGCCUCCGACUCCCAGGGGGCAUCCAGUGGACCUGAAACGGUCGCCGCCUCUGGGGAGCGUUGGGUUGAGCAAGGUGUGGACGAAAUUUUGCACCUGAAGAUCCUGGAGAGCCUGGUGGAUACUGAUGAACCUGCCACCAUUGUUUUGGCCACCGGUGAUGCGGCAGUUGCCGAGUUUUCUGGCGGGUUUAUGAAGAUGGUUGAACGGGCGCUGCAACGCGGCUGGACAGUUGAGCUUGUGAGCUUCGCGCAGGGAACUAGCUAUGCGUAUCGAAAGAAGGAGUUCCGGGCGCAGUGGGGAGAUCGAUUCCGCAUUGUCGAGCUGGAUCCUUAUGUUGAGGAAUUAUUUGAAUAA